CCAAAGAAGAAGAAGAAGAAGAAGAAGAAGAAGAAGUAGUAGUGAUAGAGCGAAGCUUAGCAAACACUGCAGGAUGCAGGAUGGCAGAAGAGCAACCCCACAGCGGCUUUCAUAGAAAAAUACUGAACUGAGGUCCAGGCCUGGGAAAUAGUUUCCAUGCUGCAGGAGGGAGGCAGUGUGUGUGUAUAGCCUGAGCAGUGUCGUGAUGGGUCCUAGAAGAAAGGCCUCUAAACUCCAACCUGUAGGGGGCAGCGGUGGAGGGGAGCUGGUCCUGAGACCCAGUGAACCCAAAGACUACAUCAAUGAGCUGUCCCAUGAAGUCCUCUGUCACAUAUUCAGGUACCUUCCCAUGAAGGACAUCAUGUGUAUGGAGUGUCUGUCCAGAAAGCUUCGCGAAGCUGUAACUCUGUACCUACGAGUAGUCAAGGUAGUGGAUCUGUGUGCUGGUCGCUGGUGGGAGUAUAUGCCUUCAGGUUUUACAGACAGCAGCUUUUUGCUCCUUUUGAAGAAGAUGCCAGAUCUGGAGCAGCUUUAUGGCCUCCACCCUCGAUACCUGGAGAGGAGACGAGUCCGGGGCUACGAGGCUUUCAGUAUACCUGGAGUCCUGGAGGCACUACAAGCCUGUCCCAAUCUGCUGGGCGUGGAGACGUCCCAUCUGGAGCUGGUGGAAGCCAUAUGGAACUACAUGCCUCAGGUUCACAUACUAGGAAAGUUCCGCAACCGUAACGGGUCUUUUCCCAUUCCCGCUGAGAACAAACUGACCAUCCCCAUAACUGCAAAGAUCCAGACCCUACAUCUAGUGGGUGUGAAUGUCCCAGAGAUCCCCUGUGUGUCCAUGCUGCGCCACCUUUACCUGAAAUGGGUCCGUCUCACCAAACCACAGCCGUUUAAGGACUUUCUGUGUGUGAGCCUGAGAACCUUUGUCAUGCGGAACUGUGCAGGGCCAACCAACUCGCUCAAAUAUGUUCCCCUGGUUACCGGUUUAGCAUCAGCCCGGAACCUGGAGCAGCUGGAGCUGGUGAGAGUUCCCUUCCUGGGAGGGCUCAUCCAACAUGUGGUGGAGGAUAGCUGGAGGUCAGGAGGAUUUCGGAACCUCCACACCAUUGUGUUUGGAGCCUGUAAGAACGCUCUGGAAGUGGACUUGGGCUACCUUAUCAUCACUGCUGCUCGCAGGCUCCAUGAGCUGCGGAUCCAGCCUUCACUCACUAAAGAUGGAGUCUUCUCAGCUCUCAAAAUGGCUGAACUAGAGUUCCCUCAGUUUGAGACGCUUCAUCUGGGAUAUGUGGAUGAGUUCCUGCUGCAAUGUAAGUUGAGUCAUUCGGAGCUGGUGAAGUACGGUCUGGCUGAUGUCAUUGAGAACCCCGGCAUCAUCACUGAUAUUGGCAUAAAGGUGGUGAAUGAGGUGUUCACUAAUAUUAAAUACCUCCUCAUCUACAACUGUCCACACCUGCACAACCCUCACCACUGGAUCACAGAUCAGUCCAGAUGGAGCCGUCUUGUUGAUCUCACUCUGGUUCGCUGUCAUGCCAUCAAACUGGAAUCCUUCUCCCAGUUCAUAGAGUUACUGCCCAGUCUGGAGUUUAUCUGUCUGGAUCAGAUGUUUAGAGAACCACCCAAGGGCUGUGCCAGGGUGGGCCUGAGUGCAGGAACUGGUAUUGGCGUGUCCUCGGCACUGGUCAGCAAUCAGAACUCCAACAAUGACCACGACAACAACAACCACCACCACAAUAAUGAGGCCAACCUGCCUCCCGCUCCUCCACCUGUCAACAACAACGUCAACAACAACAACCAAAGGCAGCAGCAGCAGCAGCAGCAGCAGCCCAAUGCACCAGUGGAGGUAAAUGGGAUGGAGGACGAUGAUGAUGAUGAGGUAAUGUUGGAGGAGGAGAACAUGGGGGCUGAUCCUCAGAUAGAGCUGAAAGGAGCAGAAGAGGAGGUGAGAGUGGAAGAAGCUGAUGUGUCUCCAGGGCCCAGUCGUCCAGCUGGAACACCACAGGCUCCUGAUGAAGAGCAAGCAGGUCCCAGUGGUUUAGUCCAGCAGUGCAGACCAGCUGGUGCCUCUGUUCCCAAGCCGCCGCUGGUCAUUUCAGACUCGGACAGUGAGGAAGAAGAAGGCCUUGUUUCAAGGCUAAUGCCAGCUUCCUGUUUGCAGCAGCCAGCUUCCUGUACAGAAGGUGUCAGCACAACACAGAACACACCGGGCAGUCACAACAGUAAAGGAAAGACUCCCCUGCGGCGGAGUAACUAUGUGGCUGUAUCAGCCUCGGUAGAUCACACAAAGGCUCAGGUGUUAGAGAGCAGCUGUGAGAAGAGCUGUCAGGUGACCAGUGAACAGAUCAAGGCAGACAUGAAGGCUGCUGCAGAGAACAGCAGGAGGACUAGCAGUAAAGGAAUUACUACUGAGGCUGGGGAGACCAUUGCAAGACCUGUGGCUGACAGUGGGACAGUACGGGGCACUGGGAGCCCAGGGGCAACCGCGAGGACCGGAGUUAGACCAGUGACUGGAUCUGCGGGCAGAGCUGGACCUAUGGUAGCCACACACAGACAGGUGGGUGGAUGUGGGAGGGUGGUGGCAGGGACCACCCACAGAGCAACCACAACCACUGACAGAGCUACAGGAACUGGCAGGACUAAUGACUGUACACAGGGCCCCUCUGGAGCCAGGACUGGGGACAGUUGCACAAGAGAGGCUGGGGCGAGGCAGAGCUCUGGUCCUGCUGGUGAAGACAGUCUAGAGCCCAGAGAUGCUGCUGUAAACCAUGCACCCAGGAAACCAGUACUGCUGGCAGGACAGGGAGAGAGACAUCCUGGCCCUGCUGGUUCUGCCUCUGCUGCCGUUUCAGCUUCACAGCAGGGUCAGGCCAGAGAUGAGGACUUUGUUCCUCGACGACCUUUGACCCGAUCCUGCACCCGUAUGUCCUCUGUGUCCCUGGUACCUGAGACGGAUCUUUCGAGAGCCAGGCCUCGAGUAGCAGUGAGGAGGAAACGAAUGGCUGAUAAAUCAACAAGCACCUCAGACCCCGUCACUGAGGACGACCACAUACAGAUUUUGUCUCUGAAGAGUAAGAACCUGGUGGGCAUCACACUGACCAACUGUGGAAUCACUGACCUGGUCCUCAAAGACUGCCCCAAGAUGAUGUUCAUUCAUGCCACCAGAUGUCGGGUGUUGAAGCAGCUGCGAGUAGAAAGUGCCCCCAUAGUCAAUAGGUUUGAUUAUGCUCAGUGUAAGAAGCUGGACAUGGAACAGGUCCUGGAUCAGAUACUGAAAAUGCCCCCUGAGAGGAACCGCAUCAUCUACAUGCGGCCUAUGCACCAGAUUGACUCUGUAGCACUGGAGCGUCAGCUCUUCCAGGGGCCCUAUCCCUAUCAUAUCGCUAUAGUACAUGAGUUCAGCAACCCUCCAAACAUACGCAACAAGGUUCGCAUUCGCAGCUGGAUGGACACCAUAGCCAACAUCAGCCAAGAGUUAAUCAAGUAUGAGUUCUUCCCGGAGGCCACCAGGACAGACGAGGAUGUGAAGAAGUAUCCCAAAUACCCCUGGGGCAGGGACAUCUAUACACUGGAGGGAGUGGUGGAUGGAGCUCCCUACAGCAUGAUAACAGACUUCCCCUGGCUGAGGACUCUGAGAGCAGCUGAUCCCAACAGCUACGCCCGCUAUGACUUUGAGGACGAUGAAAGCACCACAAUCUACGCCCCGCGGCGUAAAGGCCAGCUGUCAGCUGACAUCUGCAUGGAGACCAUCGGGGAAGAGAUCUCAGAGCGCCGGCAGAGCAAAAGAGGAGUGUUUCAGAGAGUGGUGGUCCUCUUCCUCCAUCACUGUGAUACGCCAGGAGAGCCUGUGGACGAUGACUACAUCUAGACUCCACAAACCCCUCCUCUGUCAUCACGUGCAGAGGGGUCCCAGCAGAUGACAGGCUUGCUGCAGCACCGCCUGAGCUCCUGACUGUGGAUACCCAGAGCGAGACAUGUGUAAUCUGCAGGUCAGAGCUGUGUUCUUGCACACUGACGUGCACAUGAUAUCUCAGCUAGCUUCAUGGAGAAGGAAUAAUUGCAGGUGAGGGCACCGGGAGGCGCUGCCAAAGAUGAAUGGGAGUGGCCAAAACCUUUAAGUUCCAUGGGGGAAAAUACAUUUAGGAUUUUGAAAACAUUUGGAGAAGAUUCAUCACACAUAUGAUUUUCAAAUUAUUUAGGCAAAAUCCUAAGGCAUGUAAAAGCAGGAGCGCCCUAGCAUACUGUGAAAUCCUCAAAUAAAAGCAGAGUAAACGGACAAAAACAUUGAGGUGGUGAAAAUUACAGCUCAAAUAGUAAAUUCAGCAUAAAGUACAUUUUCAUUUAGUCUAUGAAAACAUUAGCUGCUGCAUUAGCUUAGGAAUAAAGGCCUGGCUCUUCAUGCUGCUUUUCUUGUCUAUCAUGUUAGCCCUGAGAACACAUGCAGAGAAGGACGGUGCUGCAGUGUCGGUCUGAUCUUUCUUCUGUCCAGUCUGCCUACCUCUGUUCCACAUGUGACCAAUCAGACAGAAGCGGCCUUAGACACAAAUGUCAAAGAAAAUAUGCUUUUUCUUUCGGUUUUAAGUUUCCCUUUGGAGUACAUUUGUUUCCGUGAACAUGCAGAAGCGUUGAUGGCUCUUGCUGGUGGACGGUAUGUGUUGUGGUUUUGCAUUUUACCUCAGCUAGCACUAAAUGGAAAAGAGAUUUUCAGACCAUAUGGAGAGGGAGAAAUAUGGAGCAGUUGUGGAUUAACAUCCCUGUAGCUGCUUUUCUUGAAGUGUCAGUCCUCCUCACAUGUUAGGCCUAUUGGAUAAAGACUGCCAGGGAGCCAGACUUUAUAAAGACUCAGAUUAACUUAAUUCUCACUCAACCAGCCUGACCUGCAAACAAAUUACAACACUUCCAUGCAAAUGUAGCGUGCCAUGAUGAGAUGCUGCAGUUACCACUCACUAAGCAGCAUAAAGGGAACUUAGAGAGAAAUAUCCAGUUGUGAGUUGCUCAUCACAAGCAGCUUAAAUACACAGGAUGACUGCCCAGAGGACAGCUGAGGCGAGACGUCGGCAGUGUCCGCUCACAAUCAUGAUCAUAGUGAAAUUACACUAUCUGUAUGACACACAUGACAUCUUCCUGGGUGGCCGGCCAUGCAGAUGAUGCAGCUUUGUUUGUUUGUUUUUUUACUCUGUUGCCCCCCCCCCCCCCCCCCCCCCCCCACUUCUGAACUUCUCUCCAUUCAUUCAUUUUUCUAUGUGGCUCUAUUCUAUUCCCAUCUCAGUCAUUGUUGUCAUACAUGAACUCAUCAGCUGAGGAUAAUCUGACAAACACAUGCCGAACACUCAAGAGGCUCUUCUCUAAUGCACACAGUCGUAAUGUCGUAGGAAGCUGCUGACUGCUCAGCGUUCUCCUUCUCCAAGUCUGUCUUAUGUCUGUCGUGGAUUGAAAUAUUCUGACAGAUGGAGAUGGUCCUAUCUAAAGUAUCCUGGGCUCAGCCCUCAGCCUCUUUACUAUAAGGAGGUGUAACAUGAAGUGCACCUGUUAAAGCCUUGAGAAAUGCCUUUUGCUCCAGCUUUUUGAAGGAGUCAGAAUUGGUUUGCUUGGAAAGGAUUUCAUUGGUCAUUUAUUUGGCCAGCUCUGCCCUGUAUGACUGCAGACUGACUGUUCUGGGGUCAGGAUGUGGGUUCUCCUCAAAUAUGGCAAAGGGUUUGGGUUGAGAAAGGUGAACUCACAGUGAAUGUUUAAAAUUGAGUUUGCAGAGUCCAGCCUUCUGUUUGUGUAUUGUGUACAGAUGUCAUGGAUGACCACAUGCUUCCAUGGUGUUUAUAUGUUUAUAAGGAAAGAACAAGACUAUUUCACAUACUGAAAAAUAAAAUAACAUGGAAAUAA